CACACCCAAGUUAGCCCAGUUCUUCUCUUUCUAUUUCCUCUCAUCUGUUGUUGUCGUUACUGUCACGCUUGAAAUCUGUUUCCCGUCCAGCGAUGAUGUGGAAGACUGUCGCUUCCAUUGCUUCGUCUUGCUCUCUUGCAGCAGCAGCAUACUCACCCAUCGUCAUCGAGAAUCUGAGCACCCAUCAACCAAUCGGAAACCCUGCAGGACAAACCAACUACUAUCGUAUCGACUUCGAUGUCUCGUCACCUAACGGCGGAGCCCGAGCGUCUGCGAACUGCCAAACGUUCUGGGGAGAUAACUCGUGGCUCGAACCAGAGGCCUAUAGUGUUGCUGUUCCUACAGGCAAAUGGAUUGCUUGCAAUUCCAGUGACUUCAGGUUCCAGCUCUUUCCCUACUUUAGUAUCGGAAACUUCAGCCUUGCCGUGCAGCAAAACUUUACCGAUGAUGCACUCAAUCAAGAGAUGUUUGCGAACGGAACCACGCAGAUUAGCAACUUGACAUCGUCGUUGACCUGUGAUAUCAACCCUCAGGAAGUGAUGUAUCAACAACACGCACAUGGCGACUGUAACAUGGCCAGCAAUGCCAGUGUAUCGGUUAGAGUCGAGGCGGAAGCGUGUACUUCUGGCAAAGUCAAGGCUAUAUUCGAAGUGACUGGAUCGUUCGAGAGCGACCCGGAAUCGAUACUUCUGGUUGGCAGUAUUCCUGAACUCGGAGGAUGGGCACCGUCCAAAGCAGUGACACUGUCGGUGCUCAAUCCGGAGAGCGAGGGAGUUCCAAGCUUUGGCGCCAGACUCGACAUUGUUUCGGGGAGUCAAUUCGAGUAUAAGUACAUUUUGCGUGGAGCAGAUGGAAGCGAAACAUGGGAAUGCUGCGAGAACAGAGUGUAUACGGUACCAGCAGAUUCGGCUUGUACCGAGAGCAGGAUCGGCCCAGACUGGUUUCGCGGUGGAGGUUCAGCAGUUCAGACAUGAGGAAUUGCCAGAUUAUAGAUGGGCCUGGGAUGGUCUGACGAGAUGGAUUCAAGAAAGCGAUGGUUGCAAACAUUUGGCAAGGUUAAUAUAAUAAUGCAAGGUCAUGGUUGUUAUUGCAAGGUCUCGCGAGGGUUGAUGAUCUGGGUGGUUGAUGAGUGACGGACGUCAUUUAGCGGAGGGAGCUUCGGUGGACAGUGGGGGAGGCUUGCACAUGAU